GGGGAGGGGUUCCGCGAGGACCUCACCUGAAAAGGCCCGUGAGAAGUCAGUGGAGUAGUGUAGUCGUCAGUAGUCUGUCAUUAGUGGAGAAGUCGGUAGAGUGGCGGCGGUCGAAGGAAACGGAGUUUGGGAUGAGGAAACUGAGGACCAGAGAGGGAAAGUAACCUUCUGAGUCACCCAGUGAGCUGGACUAGAACCCAAGCUUUUAACAGAGAAUCCAGAGGUCUGCCAAUCACGCCCUUGGCCAGCAGUUUCUAAGCCCCAGAUAUUUGAAUAAAAAUGCCUAAAGUCAAAAGAAGCCGGAAAGCUCCUCCAGAUGGCUGGGAGUUGAUUGAACCAACACUGGAUGAAUUGGAUCAAAAGAUGAGGGAAGCGGAAACAGAGCCCCACGAGGGAAAGAGAAAAGUGGAGUCCCUGUGGCCCAUCUUCAGGAUCCACCACCAGAAAACCCGCUACAUCUUUGACCUCUUUUAUAAGAGGAAAGCCAUAAGCAGAGAGCUCUACGAGUACUGCAUCAAAGAGGGCUACGCCGAUAAAAACCUGAUCGCAAAAUGGAAGAAGCAGGGCUAUGAGAACCUGUGCUGCCUGCGCUGCAUCCAGACCCGAGACACCAACUUUGGGACCAACUGUAUCUGCCGGGUCCCCAAAAGCAAACUUGAAGUGGGCCGGAUCAUCGAGUGCACUCAUUGCGGCUGCCGGGGCUGCUCUGGCUGAUCCCUCCAAUCAGACUCCUUUCCAUCCUGGACUUUGGAUUUUAUUGGCCUCCAUCAUGCCCCUUUCCUGGGAGCGUCUCCACCCAGAUCCACUGAAGCAGGGGCUCCAGGGGCAGGGCCUCGUGUGCAUCUUCUGUGAUUUGUAAUCAUAAAAAACCUUCCAGCUCCA